AGGUGCUGUGGGAGGCAAAAUCAUCAUAGAGGUCUGGAAAUGGUAUACUUCUUAAUGGGACUGAUUGAUUGAUUUUUGCCAAUUUUUUUUUAACAUUUUCUUCUAAAGAAAUAUGAUUUGCCAGAAACCACAGGCAUUUAAAAAAUCUUUCAGAAGAAGUCAAGAAUAAGUAAAAAAAAUUUAGUGUGCAUGCAAAUUGAUUCUCACAGGAGAGGCAGUAAACUGAUAGGCCAAUUCAAGAAAUGAAGAGUCAAAAGCAGGAUUUAUAAAAGAGAGAGGGAGAAAGUUAACCAAUCUGGAUACAUUAUUAUCUUAUUUGUACACAUUUGGGAGAAAUCAAACAGCCGUACUAACAAAGAAGUAACCUGGGUGUUCCUUGCUUUAGCAGCUAACAUAGGGUGACAAAGAAAAUAAUUCCCUUUGUGUAUGGAUUCCCCAGAGCACCCUGAAUUAUUAUUAAGUCAUUGUAUUCUAUAAAUACAUUAUGUGUACGUGUGAAGACUAGAUAUUUCAAGAAAAUAUAAUUUGGUGAUCACAUGAUAAUCUUACUAAACUUCUGUUAAAUACCCAUCAACUCAAUUGGUGGUGUAAUAAUAUUUUGAAGUACAGGGAGGAUUGCCAAGAAAAUGUGUAAGUUUCUUCAUACUUUGGAAAAUAGUAGUGAAAGAUCUACUUUUGAGGUCUGAGCUAAGAUUAAAAUGAUGAUUUCAAGUGCUUUCUUUUGAAUUAUUUUCUCACUUAUUCAAAAGAUAUUUAUUUAGGACUUUUAUACAUUACAUAGUAUUCUACAUGCUAGCAAUAUAGGAGUGAGUAAAACACAAAGGCCCUGGCUAUCAUAGAAGUUAAUUUCAAUUGUGAGAGAAAAUAAAUGAACAGAUAGGUAAAUAAAUAGACAAAUAAAUAAUAGGGAAAAUCUCAAGUUGUACUAUGCUAUGCAGAGAUUUGAAAUCAAGUGAUAAUAUAGAAAGUGGCUAACUCACACUUUAUGGCUAAUGGGAACCGGCAAGCAAAAUCAGUGGAAAGAACGUUCAAAGACACCAGCAACAUCAAGAGGAGAGAACCUUAUUUGGGGAAAAGCUUUGCCUAUUUGGAAAGCAAAAGAAAUCCAGAGUGACUAAAGAAUUGUGGUCAAGGCAGGAUAUGAUGUCAGAAGAGGUCAAAGAGAAAGGAAACAGACAGACAAAGGCAUUGUUAGCCAGAGAAACAAGGUUGCAUUUUUUCAGAAAUCACCAGAAAUGUUUAACUAGAAGAGAAAAAUAGCUGAUUUCUUUCUUUUCUUCUUCUUCUUUUUUUUUUUUUAAAGAAAGAUUACUGUGACUUCAUGUGAAGAAUGAAUUUUGGGCUACAGUACUGAAAUCAGGGAAAAUAGUACAAAAGUGAAUGCAAUAUACCUUCUGAGAGAAAACAGCAUCCUGAUUUACUAGUCGUAAGGAAUGUGAUAACCCAUGAGUAGAUUAAGGAUGCAUUUUGAGGUCAGAAUUUACAGCAUACCUUUAUGAAUUAUUUAUAGCAGAUUUUUGAUUUGCAAAACUUGGUGGAUACUGAACAUACACACAGUUACAAACAAUAUAGCGUAGUGAUAAAAAGCACAGCACAAUCUCUAGAAGCAGAAUACUCAGUUUUGAAAACAUGUUCUGUGGCUUAUAAUUUGUGGGUCCUUGAGCAAGUUACUUAGCCUCUGUAUGCCUCCGUUUCUACAUUAGUAUAUACCCACCAAAACCAAAACCGUAUAUAGGAAGACCAUAAAGAUUGGAAAAGUAAAUGAUUUAAUGUAUUUGAUAUAUACAAUGCAGUCAUUACAGUUCUGGCACAUAGUAAAUAUUUGAUCAUUAAAAUAAUAUUUGAUCAUUAAAAUAUUUGAUCAUUGCUCGAUUUUUAUUUCUGUAUCUAAUGAGAUGAGGAUGAUUGGGGAGAGUGAGCAGGUUCAAGGAGAAAAUAAAUAUUUCUAUUUUUUUGAUUUUUAAUUUGAAAUGAAUUUAGACAUCUGUAUGGAAAUGUCAAAUAGACACCAGAAUUUUGUAGUCUAGAGAUCCAAAGAUAGGCCAUAAAGAGAUAUUUGGGAGUCAUUGUGUUUGAAGGCAAAGGAUUGAAUGAGGUAACCUAUAAAAGUAUAUUAAGUGGCAAAAGAAAGGGGGACCCAGAACAGAGCCCUGAAGUGUUCCAACAUAGAGAAUUUGAUCAGGGAUAAGAAUCAAAACAGGAAGCUGAGAGGGAGCAGGCACUGUGAUAGCAGAAAACCAGAUGCUGUGUGUCCAUGAGGAUAUGCAAAGAAAGUGUUUAAAGAAGAAGGACUAUUCACCUUAGUGAAUGUUGCAGGUAUAGUAACAAAGAAAAGGAUGAUCAUUGCAAGUACCAUAUGCGGAGGCUUGGUUGUUUUUCUUUGGGGGCUUCUAGGAUUUCCUAAAAAACUUGGAAGCCCAAAGAUCUUUAAAGACCAGACAUGCACAGGGGAUGCAUCUGCAUGUUCACAAGGCUGGAAUCGAAUCAAUAGGAAUUGCUUCUUUCAAUCUGAACGUGAAACAACCUGGAUCGAUGGCCAGGCAAACUGCAUGACCUAUAAUGGAUCUCUGGCCAUGCUCAGCUCCAAGAAUGAAAUGGACUCUUUGAUGCACAGUCUGGGACCCUCUUCAUACUGGUUUGGACUGAGCAAACAAAAUGGAAGCACACUGUGGAUGUGGGCAAACGGAGCUGCAUUCGACAAUUGGUUCAAUAUUGAAGAAGGAGGAAAUUGUGCCUUCAUGUUUAAGGAAGGGAUAAGUAGUGCCAGUUGUGAUGAUGCAAGAAAAUAUAUUUGCAGCAGAAAAAGCCUCUGUCCCUAGUUAAGAGCUCUCCCACAGCAGGAAUAAAGUAAUUAAAGCGAAACAAUGCUGCUUUUGAUGUAUUAUAUACUUAUCGAAAUACAUUUCCUUACCAUCAAACAUCUCUUUUAUGUUGAUGAUGAAAUUUUAGAUGAUUUUUAUCUUCAUUUGAAUUAUUAUCUAGAAGACUAGAAACUGAACUGAGUUUUUAUAUGGUGGUAGCAGACCACAUAAGCUGGUGGAUCUAUGCCUACGGAAUACUGGUGGACUUGAUCAAAGGUGAUUUCUAAUUGAUGCCUCAAUGGAAUAGAUAUGAGUAUAAAGGGAAGGGAGGGAAAGAUACCUCUACUUAUUUGAAGUUCAAUUACCUUUCCCUAAGGUCAAUAAAAGAGAUAUAGUACUAGGUAAGCAGUAAGUAGAGUUCCAUUCAGCCUGGAGUGGUAUAUAACUUCUUUAGAAUUUGGAAAGAAGGUCCAUGGAAGAUAUAUUUAGAUGCUGAUUAGGGACUCCUAUCUUGCUUCACCAUCAGAGACCAAAUUCCCUGGAAAUAAAGUUCAUACUGAGUCAAGUGCAACUUUCCUUGAUACCCUACAUCUUUAGUCCAGUUACUGAAAUAAAGCAUUACUUAACAUUGAAUGGAUUUAUUGUUCUUACUGUUGAUGCAACCUGUGAAGGAAUUAGACUUAGUGAUUUGAGACCUGGGAAGCAGAACAAAACCACUUAGAGAUGAAGAGGAACAAGAGGAGGGAAACUCUCAACUUGUGUUAAUAAUGACAAUUUCUCUAAACUCUCACAAAGGUAUGGGAUUAAGAUUCCAGGUAAUGUUUAAACAAGUCUCUGAGGGACAGAGGGUGAGGAAUAAGGAGUGGUUUUCAUUAAAAAUUUAUGCAACUCCUUUUAUACUUUACCAUAACUUUAUGUUCUUCAUGUUUAUGUUUACAAAUAUAAUGUGUGUUAUUCCCUUGUAUUAAUGUAUACUGUGAGCUAUGUUGUGUUUUCGCCUCAGUGGUGAAUAUUUUGUAUCAAUUUUUCUUAAGUAAGCAAAUGAAGGCUUAGAUUAUUCAUUGUUGUUAGCUGCCAUCAAGUCAGCUCCAACACACAGCAACCACGUGUAUAACAAAACUAAACAUUGCCUGGCCCUGUGCCAUCCUCACAAUUGUUGUUAUGUUUGAGCCCAUUCUUGCAGCUAUUGCAUCGAUUCAUGUUACGGAGGGCUUUCUUCUUUUUCAGUGACUCUGUGCUUUACCAAAAAUGAUGUCCUUCUUUAGUGAUGUGUCCCUCCUAAUGACACGUUCAAAGUAAGCAAGACAAAGUCUCACUUCUAAGGAACGUUCUGGCUGUACUUCCUCCAUGACUGAUUUGUUUGUUUUUAUGGCAGUCUGUAGAUUAUUUACCUAAGAUUAUAUUAAAUGGUACAUUCAUAGUUUUAAAAAAUUAGUGUUGUCUCAUCCACAUGGUAGUAAUCCAAGCAAUAUGGACAAUAGUGUAGAAAAAUUAGAAGUCUUUAUAUAGCAUCAGAGCCCUGGUGAUGGAGUAGUUAAGAGCUUGGCUGCUAACCAAAAGGCCAGCGGUUUAAAUUCACCAACUAUUCCUUGGAAACCAAAUGGGGCAGUUCUACUCUGUCCUAUAGGGCUGCUAUGAUUCAGAAUUCACUCAACUGCAGUGAGUUUGGUUUUGGUAUGCAUAGCACCACCCAGAAGCAAAUUUUGUCAAUAUCUUUCCAUUUCCAUGAGUAUAUUUUACAUGCAUAUAUAUACUCAUGUAAUACACACACAAAUAUACCUAAUCGAAAGAGACCUGGAGUGGGUAUAUUAAUACCAGACAAAGUAGAUUUUAGAAGAAGGCAUAUUUCUGUGGAUUAGGAAGUGUGCUACAUAAUUAUAAAUGGAUGAAUUCAUCAAGAAAACAAUCCUAAUUGCAUGUGUACCUAAUAAAGGAAAUUCACAUAUACGAAGCAAAACCUACACUGAAAGGUGAGGUAGACAAACAAUUAUGACUGGGGAUUUCAUCCCCUUUUUUCUCAGUAGUUUAUACAAAAGAAGACCAACUUAUAAACUAUAAACCAACUUAAUUUGAUAUUUAUAGAACACUCAACAGUAACAGUACACUUUUUUUCAAAGUCACACAAAAAACUAAAGAUAGAUUAUAUCCAGGCUACAAAAGAAGACAAAAUAAAUUUUGAAGUAUCAGAAUCAAAGUACUUCUCUGACUACAGUAGAGUUAAACUGGAAAGCAAUAACCACAAGGUAUCUGGAGAAUUGCCACACAUUUAGAAAGUAAUAGCAUACUCCAAAUUGGUGCAUGGGAAGAAAGGAGAAAUCAUAGGGAAAAUCAAGUAUUUUGAGAAGUGAAUGAAAAUUAAAACAGCAUAUCUUAUUGUUGAGUACAGCUAAAGUAAUGGAUAGAAGGAAAUGUACAGGAAUAAAAUGCUAACAUAAGAAAAGAAAGAAAGUCUCAAAUUAUAGGUUGGGCUUCCACCCUAAGAAAGUAGAAAAAUAAGAGCAAAUUAAACCCAAAGUAAAAAGAAAGGAGUAGAUGUAAAAAUAGACAUUAAUGAAAUAGUAGAGAAAAUGAACGGAAAAAAUAGCCAGUGCUUUGGAAAGAGCAAUAAAAUUGAUAAACUUCUAGUCAGAUUGAUCAGCAAAAUAGAAAGGAACUUUCUCAAGCUGAUAAACAGCAUUUACAAAACACCUGUUGCUGACAUCAUACUUUACGGUGGAAGACAAUGUUUUCCGCCAUUGAAGCUUGAAGACAUUGCAAUAAUAGGCAGUCUUCCAUUCCACGCAACAUUGCACAGUAGGAGCUAACUAAAAAAAAAAAAAUUUUUUUUAGAGCAAUAAGAAUUAAGUAAAUAAAGAAUUAAAUAAACAAAUAAGCAAAAUUGUCUUUAUUCACAACUAACAUAAAACCACUUAUGUGAAAAUCCUAAGGAAUUUGUAAUAUAUAAUGGAAAUAAUAAGUAAAUAGUUUGGUAAAGUCUCAGGAUUCAAAUCAAUACACAAAAAUCUAUUGCAUUUAUAUUUCUUAACAAAAAACAAUCAGAGGUGGAAAUUAAAUACACAUUGUUUGCACUAGUAUCAGAAAUAUCAAGUACUUAGUGAUAUUAUUAACAUAUGUUCAAUAUCUCUACACUAAAAACUAUAAAACAUUGCUGAGUAACAAUUACAAAACAAGAGUCCUAAACUGAAGAUGGAGCCCUGGUAGCACAGUGUUUAAGAGCUUGGCUGCUAACCAAAAUGUUGGCAGUUCGAAUCCACCAUCUUCUCUUGGAAACCCUAUGGGGCAGUUCUUCUCUGUUCUAUAGGGUGACUAUGAGUCAUUAUCUACUCAGUGACAGCAGGCAAUGGACUAAAUUGAGGAUAAGGAGCCCUGGUCACACAACAGUUAAGUGCCUGGCUGCUAACAGAAAUGAUGGCUAUUCAAACUGACCCAGCCACUCUAUGAGAGAAAGUCCUGCCCAUCUGUUCCUGUAAAGACAAUCUAGUUCUUCAGGUCUCAGGCUGAUGGAAUCUCUGGCCUAUGUGGCCCUCUGUCUCUUGGGCUCAUAUAAAAUGAAAUACUCUUGAUAUACACAACAAAUAUUGAAGAAAAUAAAAAGUGAAGCCCAGACUGGGAUAUAAACAUAUAUAGGAUGAGAAAUUUAUAUCCAGAAUACUUGAAGAAUUUUUGCAACUUAAUCAUUGACAAAGAACCCAAUUAAAAAUGGGCCAAGUAUUGAACAAACAUGCCACCAGUGAAGAUAUCUGAAUGGCAAAGAGGCACAUAAAAAAAUGCUUGACUUCAUCAGUCACUACUGGAACCAUUUGCCUUUGAGUAGUUUCUGAUUCAUGGUGACCCCAAGUGUUUCAGAUGUGCAUAGGGUUUUCAUUGACUAUGACCUUUCUCAAGUAAAUUGUCAGGCAUUUCUUCCCAGGUGCCUCUGGGCACAUUCAAACCACCAACCUCUCUGUUAGUAGCCAAGCUCUUAACCAUUUGCUCGAAACGGGAACUCGAAAAAUGUAAAUUAAAACCAUUUGAGACAGAAAUGCACAUCUACUAGGCUAAUUAAAAUUUAAAAAGAUUAAAAAUAACAAAUGUUGCGAGAAUGUGGAUCAGCUGAAAGUCUCAUACGUUGCUGGUAAGAAUUGCAAGUCAUGCACCCACUUGGUAACCGUGGCAGGUUUUUAGAAGUUAAACAUACGGUAUGGCUCGACAGUCCUACUCCUGGGAAUUUAUCCAAGAGACAUAAAAACACAUGCCAAUUAAAAGACUUGUUAUGAAAUGUGCUGAGCAGCUUCAUUCAUAGUAACCCAAAACUGGAAACUAGAGUCCAUCUUUUGUUUGGUGAUUGGAUAGACAAACUAUGCUAUAAAGAUACAAUGGGAAUACUACUCAGAAAUAAAGAGGAACAAACUACUGAUAUGAAUAAUUUGUGUGAAUCCCCAAAACAUUACUAUAAAUGAAAUAAACCAGGUACAAAUGCUACACAUUAUACGAUUCAUUUAUAUGAAAUUCCAGAAAAGGUAAAACUAUAUUGACAUGAAGCAAAUGAAUGCUGUCCAGAGACCGGGAUUGGAAGGGAUUGAGCAUGAAAUGAAACAAGGGAAUUUUGGGAGUGUGAUGAAAAUAUUGUAAACCAUACUUUUGGUGGUGGUUACAUGAUUAUAUUUGUCCAAAUCCACCAAAUUGUACACUAAAAACUGGUAUAUGGUCUAAUGUGUAAAAUAUACUUUAAUAGAGAUGAUUUUUAAAAGGCAUCAAAUGAAAGCAUUCAAAAAAUCUGAUUUAUAAUGCUUUUUUAGGUUUAUUUAUUUAUUUAUUUUUAUUUGAUGCUCAAUAUGGAGAAGGUUGAGAGAGUGGAUCUGUAUCAAGGGCUUAAGCCUUUACAUGUCGUAAACUGGUCUUCUGCAUGUGUGUACAUGCACUGCUCAAGAGUAAGGAAAGCAGGACUUUUCACCCAGGGGCCUUGUGGCAACAUUUAAAUGGAGAGUGGGAGAUACUAUAAGGGUUGCUUUAGAACUGCCUCCCUCAAAUAGCAUUUGUUCAAUGUAAAAAUUGCAUGUGUUUAAGGAAGAGCCCCGCUUUAAACAGCGUUUCUGAGGUUUUAAGAUGGGGAAAAAAGUGAAUUAUACUAGAAGGAAAAUAGGGAAAGGAAUCAAUAUGGUAAGCAUGAAAUCUGGAGUCAGAAGCUAUGGAUUCAAAUCCCAGCAUGCCUAUUUUUAGUUUUUAUAAUGAUCUUAAGCCAACUGUUUGAUUUUUCAUUUUUUUAUCAGUAAAGUUCAAAUAUUUUAUGUAUAUGUGUAUGUGUAAAAAUAUAACACUAUUUUUGUAAAGUAAAUGUAAUCCGUAAAAAUGCUUUGUACACUGCUGAUCACUGGCUAAAAGUUGCUUGUUGUUAGGGUUCCCUUUGGAAUCAGUAAGGACUCUUCUGGAAAGGAAAGCCCCUCCUAAUCACCUCUAAAAUGAAAGGUUGUCCAUCUGUAGUGUUUCAUAUGCCAUUAAACUCAAAGAAAACUGGAAUCAGCUUGUAACACACACAGGUAACAACUCCAUGCCAUCCCCAAGCAAUCUGAUACCCCAAGCAAUCUAAUACCUUAAUAUAGAUUCCCAUGAAAGUUAAUCAAAAGGGAAAGUGAAAGAAAAAAUAACUAUUUUAUUAAAUUGCUAUGAUAUCACAUUUUAUAAUGGGAAUAUAAAUUAGUAUAAGCUCUUUGGAAAGCAAUUUGACCAGAUCUACCAAAAUAUAAAAUGCAUAUGUCUUCUGACUCAGCCAUUCCACUUCUAGAAGUUUAUCCGUCAGAUAUAAUUUAUAUCAGUGCAAAUAUUAAUCUAUAUGUAUUUGUGCUUAAAAGAUCGGGAAACAGCCUUAUUAUCUACCAAAGGGGCAGGAUGUUGUUGCAUGCCAUCAGGUUAAUUCUGACUCAUAUGGGCAGGAUAGAUGUUAUACCCAUACAGUAGGAUAUCUUGUAGCUCUUAGAAAUGAGCUCUAAAACAAUAUUGAAUAUACAUUGUUAAAUACUAAGACGGUACAGUAAAAUCUGUGAAAGCUUGAACUCGAAGGGACUGUCUCGUUUUUCAGGGCCCCACAAGUUUUCUUCAUUUAACAGGGUGCAGUCUUACCACUUCUUUUUUAAAUUUUUUACUUAUUUUUUAUUGAACUUUAGAUGAAGGUUUACAGAGCAAACUAGUUUCUCAUCAAACAGUACACACAUUGUUGUAUGACAUUGGUUAACAACCCCAUGACAUGUCAACACUCUCCCUUCUCAACCCUGUGUUCCCUGCCCCCAGCUUUCCUGUUCCCUCGUACCUUCCAGUCCCUGCUCCAGGGCUGGUGUGCCCCUUUAGUCUUGUUUUGUUCCAUGGGCUGGUCCAAUCUUUGGCUGAAGGGUGAACCUCAGGAGUGGACUCAUUACUGAGCUGAAGGAAUGUCGGGGGGCCAUACUCUCAGGCUUUCUCCAGUCUCUGUCAGGCCAGUAAGUUUGGUCUUUCUAUUUGGGUUAGAAUUUUGUUCUACAUUUUUCUCCAGCUCUGUCCAGGACCUUCUAUUGUGAUCCCUGUCUGAGCAGUCGGUGGUGGUAGCUGGGCACCAUCUAGUUGCACUGGACUCAGUCUGGUUUACCCCUUUUCUGCAGCUCGUUUUAGUGAAAAAUAUUUUACUUUUCCUUCCCUGGCAGGUUUCUGCCUUACGUACGUCCCAGCUUUUGCAGGUUUUACUGUCCAUUAUAUUUUAACAUUGUAUAAUAAAAUGAUAUACACGCAUAUAAGCGUGCAUGAACAUAUACACUUGGUAUGUGUACAGAUAAAUUUAUAUAAUGUGUGUGUGUGUAAAACUUCAGGUAUUUGAGAUAUCUGCCUCUAACCCUUGCAGAGCCCAUGGAGGACAAAUUGAGGCUCAAAUUCCUUGUGUAUACGUAUUUAACAGUUAUAAUUCAACGUGACAGAAUUAUUUAUGCUCCAUUUUCUUACCUGGACAAAUAUAACUUCAUAACCUCCAAAUAAAAAAAAUAUAUACAAAAAUGGAUCGGGGUGACAGAGGGAAUUAUGGAGUUUCUAUUGUUUUAUCUGAUAAAGCAAGAAGUCAAGGUAUAUUGCCUGGCUUUAAGAAAACAAAAAAUCAGCAUUUAACGUGGUAUUUAAAAUUGUAGAUGUGACCAUUGAAUAUGUUUAAGGAGUUGUGGAAGGGUGGAUAAAGCCAAUAUUUUUCACUUAUCCUCAGUUAUUAAGAAGGAUUUUAAUAGAUAAUAUCUAGAAACAGUGACAUUGUUGUGCACUAACCGGUCGAUUCUGACUUAUAGUGACUCUAUAUGACAGAGUUGAACUGUCCCCAUAGAGUUGCCUAGGCUGUAAUCUUUACGGGAGCAGAUCGCCAGGUCUUUUCACCCACAGAGCCACUGCUGGGUUCCAACCAACGACCUUUCAGUUAGCAGCCAAGUUCUUAACUAUUGCAAAACCAAGGGUCCUUAGAAAGGGUGAUAUAAGCAUAUUAUUUAUAUUUUAGUAACUACAGGAAAAACUAAGAACAACAAUAUGUUUUCUUUUUUUGUUGUUUUAUUUAUUUUAUUACAAAUUUGCUUUAUUAUAUUGGUAAAUAUUUUGAAAGAAAUAAUUUCUUUUAAAAAACAAAACAAAUGAUCAGCAUUUUAGAUAUCCUAUAAAUCAAUAAUGGUCUUCCUGUUAGUGCAUUCUGAAUUGCAAAUAGCUAGAGUACUGCAAUUCUAAUUUGAAAUCAUGUUAUCUAAAAAAAAAAUUUUUUUUUUAGAUAACAUGGCUUCAGAUGAUUUAUUAGCCAUUCAUAAUGUACAAAACAAAACACCCACAAAAUCUUCCCCAAAAGCCACAAAUAGGUUAAGCAUAUCUAAAUUCUCCAGCAAAUAGGAGUUAAAGCAAAAAUGAGUGUGCUAAUUGUUGUAGAAAAGUAAUGAAGUUAACGAAGAAAUUUGGAUAUAUGUACGGAAUCAAUGUUUACCUUUUCAUUGUUAAGCGCCACUAUGAGAAUCUUCCAGUACCAGUUGCCAUCAAGCCAAUUUCGACUCAUGGCGGCCUCAUUUGUGUCAGAGUAGAACUGUACCCCAGAGGGUUUUUGGUAACUGAUUUUUCAGAAGUAGAUCACAAGGCCUUUCUUUCUUCCAAGGCACUUCUGGUGAACUCAAACCUUCAACCUUUCAGUUAACAGCCCAGUGCGUUAACUAUUUGUACCACUCAAGGUUGCCAUGAGUUGGUGUCAACUUGAAGGCAACUGGCAUGAAUAUCUAGAAAACAGAAAAUAACCUGGGACAUUUUUGUUUCUGGACAUUCCGUGAUCAUUCCCCUCAGGAGGUAAAGUGGAGGUUUAUUGUUUGAUGUUACCGUGAAAAUUGAAGUGGACCAAAUAAUCCAUAUUUUUUGAGGUGUGGCCAGUUUUUCCAGAGCUUUCUGACAAGCCACCAACAAACUUCAGGAAUCUGAUUGUUUUAGAAAGAGGUGCAUAAAAAAAGCUACUUUAAUUCAACAAACUUUUAUUGAUUUUUACGUUUCAGGCCCUAGGGAUGCAAUGCGAAUAUUUCAUGCCAUCUGCCAGUCAUGGGGAAAAAUAAACCAAAUAAUUGCAAUACAAAAUGAUAACCAAAAUAAACAAAUGAAACGUGUUGCCAUCAAGUUCAUUCUGACUCAUAGUGACCCUAUAGGACAGAGUGGAACUGUCCCCACGGGUUUUGCAAGGUUGUAAAUCUUUACAGAAGCAGACUGCCACAUCUUUCUCUCCCGGAGCAAAUGGUGGGUUCAAACCUCUGGCUAGUAUCCAGGUGCUUAAACCAUUGUACCUCCAGGGCCCCUACAAAAUGAUAGAUGAUUUAAUAAAUGCAUAUGCAAGGUUAUAGUGGAAUAUAUAAGAGAAGGAAAUUUUUUAACAUUCACUGAAGACCAUCUAUGCCAUUACUAUCUAUGCCUUUACCAGUGUACUUUUUCAUGUCCUCUCGUUUAAUAAUCUUCCAAACUAUAUGGGUAAGGUAUGUGUUUCUACAAUAGCAAUGAGAAAUAGGCAAUGAAGAGAGUUCAUGUAACUUUGAUGAAGCUAAAAAAACUAUCAAAUGGUAUACUCAGGAAUACAGUCAGGCCUGUGUGAAUCCAAAGCUCGUGCUUUUUCUACAAGUCCACAAGACAUAGAAUGAUCAUGCUGAAGGUAUCAGGGGGAUCUAUCAUGACUGCCCCAAACUUGGGACAAUUAUUCUUUUCCCCAUAUGUAAUACUUUCACAUUUACAGAAAUGAACAGAGCGCAGAGCAUAUAAGAGGUAUGUAUAGAUUUUUGGUUGUCAUAAUUGAACAUUUUUAUACAUAUCCACGUCCAAUGAAAAAUAUUGAUAGUAACCAUGAAAGUGGAUCAAUGAUCUAAAUAGCAAACACUUUAAAUGUAAAAUUACUUUAACAUAAUACAGCUUCAUACACAAAAAAAUGCAAGAGUUUUAACUCAUAAUUUAAUAUUUUAAUUCUGAUACGUGCUGUCAUUCAUAAGUAGAUUUCAAAGUGCCAAAAGAUAUGCAAGAAAAAAAAUACAUAGCAAUGAUAUGCUAAGCAAAUACUUAGCAUAGUAACUAAGACAUAUGUUAUCCUUGUCAUUUUAAACACUUACAUAAAUAAAUAGCAUAUCCACUGUGAACUUCUGCCUAGGCAGUAUUGAGAAAUAUUAGAGCAAAAUAACUACGAAAAGAUACUCUAGAUGUCUGCAUAGUCUCAAAUCCAUAUAUUGUUUGACCUUGGGAAAAUCAGACUCUCUGAGACUCAGUUUUGUCUUUUGUAAAAUUGAGACCAAAUGAUAUUUAUCUUAUAAGAAUGUCACCAUGGCCAAAUGAGAUACGACAUGGAAAAUGCUUAGACCAAUACUUGGCAUUUAUAGCUUAUUUAAGUGCUAUCUAAUAUUAUUGUUGUCAUUAGUGAUUUGUACAUAGUUUUUUGAUAAAAAUGUGAAAUGAGAUCAUUCCAAGAAUGAGCACAGAAUUAUAUAUGAUGAAGAUUACUUUCCACGUGUUCUUCUCAAUGUACCAUGUAAGGCUUUUAUCUUAACUGAGGACAAAAUAUUUUUGCUUACAUCAUGGGCUUCUUGCUUAUGGAUGAGUCAGGUUUCCAUUUUCUUCACUAAACAAGUCUGCCUAUUUUUAUCUUUAUCUUAAUCAGGUACUCUCCCUGAGAACUUUCACAUAGUGUUUCAUUGUAUUGGGUAAGAGCCCAUGUUGAUUGGUAAUUUGCCAAAUGUUUAAAUAUCAUUGUACAUGUAAACAGCCUUCUUUCCUAUUAAAAAAAAAAAAAAAAAUUUUUUUUUUUUUUUCCUAUUAGUCUAGAUCAAUUACCACAUUAGCCAUAUGCCAUCAUGGCCGUCUCAGAGUUAAGUCAUGGUGAGUAUGGCAGCUGGAGACAAAGGAGGACAAGUAAGUUUUGUUGGGUGCAUGUGAAGGAACAGAUGGAAGUUAAAAACAAAAUCCAGGGAAGCCUAAAAAUGCUGACUUCUUUACUUAGGACAUAAGAUUAUUAAAGUGAGUGAGGUGGGAAAGCACUUGUGUAGAGUCGUGGAGGAUGUGUGGGAGUAUGUAGAGUUUUCUAUCUGCAAGAGAGGGCAUAUGCUUGUCCAUGAGAUGGUAUUUAAGGUGCAUUUUAUAUAUGUGUAUUAUAUCUUGGUAAAGAAAUUUUUUAAAGUACUUUUAUAGAAAAAAAGAAUUUAUUUACCACAGCUUGUCUUUUUUCCAGAAGAGAAAGCAAAUGCCUUACUUACCCUCUAAGCCAGAUUGCUCUCCCUGUCUUAAACUGCACAGCACUUGGAUUGGUACAAUUAGUUUAUGUCUGUCUGAAGUGGAUAAAAGUGCUUCUAAAUAAUUGACCUACAGUCUGGUUAACUGUAAACAUUAUUACAGUGUAAACACUGUAAACACUGUAUCCAAUGUCUUCUAUUGUUUCUCCAACCUCUUCUUAAUGUUAUAGAAAAUAGGAACAGAGGUAGAGAAAAUUUCAAAGCUGAUCUGAGGACACUUAACAAGACUGAAAAGAGCUUCUGAAGAAUUUAAAAGUAGGCUGAGCUCAGUGGUGAAGUUGGUUUUUCAUGCAUUGAAAAAUAAGGAAACAAACCAACAAAUGACAACAAUAAGGAACAACAGCCACAAAAAACAAAGCUCACCACAAUUUAUAGGUUUUAGGCUGGAGAAAAACUGAAUGAAUUGUGGGUCAAAUGACUGGAAUAGCAAACCUGCCAAUACUUCAAGAUGAAGGUAGCGGUUGAGAGAUAAAAAGUAGACACUUGAAAUGAGUUACAGAUAUCAACUGAAACCACUGUUAUAGUUAAAAUAGUUAGCUAGUAUGAAUUCAGAUGUCACCUAUUUAGUAAUUCCCUUGAUAAUAAAUAAGUCCAAUAAACUUAAAGGUACAAGAGUAAUUGUAGUUACAUAAUAAAACUCUUCCGUAAUAUGGCAUUCCUAGCUACUGCAUUUCUAGCAGGCUAAAAUAAAAAUAAAUAAAUAAAUAUUUUUAUUUAUUUAUUUAUUUUUAUUACUAGAAUAUUUUUGGUGAUAGCAAUACCUUUGCCUUGCAAGGUAGUCCAUUUCAACCUUUUGAGAAAUUUUAACAGGAAGUUUCUUUAGGGUAAAUUUAAAGUUGCUUUCUUGUAUUCUCUCACCGUUGUUCAUAGUUCUGCACUCUUAAGCUAUUUUGAGUAGUUAAUUAAUUAGUAGAAUAAAAACCCAUUGCCAUCAAGUCAAUUCUGACUCCUAGGGACACUAUAGAACAAAGUAGAACUGUCCCAUAGGGUUUCCAAGGAGCAUUUGGUGGAUCCAAACUGACCCUUAGUUAGCAAAUGAAUUCUUAACCCCUGAGUCACCAGGGCUCCUAAUUAGUAGAAUGGAUGCUGAUUUAAGAGUGACUGUGUCAUUUGACUCUUUUACAAAAAAUAACAGAAAAGCAUAAGAGGUAGAAAAUAUAAAACAAAAGCUCAGAGAUGUGGAAAGUAGAAGUAAAAAUGCUAACUUUUAGACAAUAUAAAUCUGAAAGAGAAAGAAUGAUGGGUAGGUACUAUUUAAAGAAGUAAUGAUGUGCUAACUACCAAAAUUAAUGAAAGCCAAACCCUUCAGAGUAGCAGUGCCUUAAGACGUUCAAAUGAGAUAGAUAAGGGAAAACCUACACCUAGAUACAAUAGAGAUAAAUAAAAAUAUUAUAAUUGAAAAGAGUAACAAAAAAAGAAGAAAUGCGAAGGGUAAAAUCAAAUGGUGGUUGUCUGAAAAGAUUAAAUAACCAGAUGUAUAUGCAAAGAAGAAAUAAACAAAAUAGUAAAUAGGAAGUAUCAAUAAUUACAUGAAAUGCAAAUAUUAAGUGUUAGCAAGAUAUUAUGAAAAUGGUUCAUCAAUAUAUGUGUAAGUUUAGAUGACAGGAAAUAGACUUCUGGAAAAAUACAAAAUACCAGCAUAUAACAAGAAUAAAUAACUGAAAUAAGUAUUAUAGGAACUGAAAUGAAAAUUAAAAUCAAAUAAAUUUACCUAUCUUUCAAGGAACAGCUAAUUUUUGCAUCAUACAGCUUGCUCCAGAAAAUAGUAAAAAAGGAGAAUAUGCCCAGCUCUUUUUUAUAGACUAAUGUAAAUUUAAUUUCAAAACAAUGUAAGAAGACAAAAAGAAAUAGAUCUAGUUCUUAAAUAUAAUAUUAUUUGACGAAGUACAGCAAUAUAACUUAAAAAUGUAUUCAAAUAUGGUUAUUCUAGGAGUGCUUCCAUAUCAGAUAAUUAGUCUAUGUAAAUAGCUUCAUUAACAUGCUUUAAAAGUCACGUGAUUGUCCAAUAAUGCAUAGAAAACAUUGGGUAAUAUUCAAUCUCUUAUCUGAGAUAUUCAAACUUUUACCUGAGAUAAACCUUCUUAGGAAACUAGGAGUAGGAGAAACAUUUCUGAAACUGGUAAUGUUAAAUUUAUACAGUAUUCACAAUGAUUAAGAAUGAGACUUUAUUCAGAUUCCAUUUAAGAUCAAGAACAAAAUAAAAAUUUUCACUGUAAUUUCUAUUUUUAAACUAGUAUAGUAUUGGAGAUUGUAACAAAUUUUGCUGAGGAUCGUUCAAAAGAAGCUGCAGUGGUACAUCUGUAAGGAACUGCCAGAAAUUCAAGCCGGAUUUAGAAGAGCAUGUGAACCAAGGAUGUCAUUGAUGAUGUCAGAUGGAUCCUGGCUGAAAGCAGAGAAUAUCAGAAAGAUGUUUACCUGUGUUUUAUUAACUAUGCAAAAGCAUUCAACUGCCUGAAUCAUAACAAAUUAUGGAUAACAUUGCAAAGAAUGUGAAUUCCAGAGCACUUAAUUGUGCUCAUAAGGAACCCGUACAUAGAUCAAGAGGUAGUCAGUCAUUCAAACAGAAUAUUGUGUGGUUUAAAGUCAGGAAAGGUGUGUGUCAGGGUUGUAUCCUUUCACCACACUUACUCAAUAUAUGCUGAGCUAAUAAUCUGAGAAGCUGGACUAUAUGAAAAACGGGGCAUCAGGAUUGGAGGAAGACUCAUUAACAACCUGUGUUAUGCAGAUGACACAACCUUGCUUGCUGAAAGUGAAGAGGACUUGAAGCACUUACUGACAAAGAUCAAAGACCAUAACCUUCAGUAUGGAUUGUACCUCAAGAUAAAGGAAACAAAAAUCCUCACAACUGGACCAAUAAGCAACAUCAUGAUAAAUGGAGAAAAGAUUGACAUUGUCAAGGAUUUCAUUUUACUUGGAUCCACAGUCAACACCCAUGGAAGCAGCAGGCAAGAAAUCAAAAGACAGAAUCCCUGAAGAAGCAGGAGAACAGAGGGAUGCAGACCUCAAAUUCUCAUAAAAAGACCAGACUUAAUGGUCUGACUGAGACUAGAAGGACCCUGGAGGUCAUGGUCCCCAGAUCUUCUAUUAGCCCAAGACGGUGAAGAGUGAGCCUCUUGGAUCAAGUAGACACAUGAAACUAUGUGGUCAGCUCCUGUCUGGAGGGGAGAUGUGAAGACUGAGGGGGACAGAAGCUGGCUAAAUGGACAAGGAAAUACAGGGUAGAGAGAAGGAUUGUGUUGUCUCAUUAGGGAGAGAGAAACUAGGAGUAUAUAACAAGGUAUAUAUAAGUUUUUGUAUGAGAGACUGACUUGAUUUGUAAACUUUCACUUAAAGCACAAUAAAAAUUAAAAAAAAGAAAUCAGGUCCUUGAUGAUGUAAUUGUGUCCCUUGAUCAAACCAAUCCUGACAACGACAUACUUCUGGACUUCCAGUUACGUGAACUGUUAAAUCGCUUUAUUGCUUAGCUAGUUUGAAUUGUGUUUUAUGAUACCUGCAAAUGAGUUCUUUUUUCUUAGUUACCAAGUGCUGCUAAAACAGAAGUGUCGUAAAUGGAUGGCUUUAACAAAUGGAAAUCUAUUCUUUCACAGUCUAGGAGGCUAAAGUCCAAAUGCAGGGUUCCAGCUCCAGGGGGAAGACUUUCUUUCUCUGUCGGCUCUGGGGGAAGGUCCUUGUCAUCAGUCAUCCCCUGGUCUAGGAGUUUUUCAGUGCAGCGACACUAGAUCUAAAGGAUGCACAACCUUGGCUCUUCUUGCUUGGUGGUAAUUAGGUCUCCAUGCCCCUCUGUUCGAUUCUGUUAUAUCUCAAAAGAGAUUGACUUAAGAUACAACCUAAUCUUGUAGAUUGAGUCCUGCUUCAUUAACAUAACUGCCACUAAUUUCACCUUAUUAACAUCAUAGAGGUAGGAUUUACAACACAUAGAAAAAUAACAUCAGAUGACAAAAUGGACAGUCACACAAUUCUGGGAAUUGUAGCCUAGCCAAUUGACACACAUUCUUGGGGGACACAAUUCAAUCCAUAACAGCCUUAAAACUGAUAGUGAUCAAGUAAUAGAGUGGAAACUGGCAAAACAUGUCAAAGACACCAGGGAAGUGAAAGGCCAGAGAGGGCCAACGAAGAUUUCACAAAUGUCUUCAAAAGUACCUUUGAAGUAAAUACAGAUGUGGCAGAAGAGGAAGAGAAUAGGCCUUGUCAUCUGCAAGGAGGGCUAGAGAAAUGCACUAGGACCAGCUGAGCAUGGCUCUGCCCUUUCCUCUUUCUGACAGUUAUGGAAAGGAAUUCUUCCAUUUCCUGGUGAGCAGAGACUGCCUCUUGCACUAGUUUGCUGUGGUGGCCUAAUGUCCUCUCCUUAACCAGAUACGGUAACUAGAGGAAGUGAAUGCCAUGUUGUAAAAACAGAAAAACAAGUAAAGGGAAGUUCUCUCCUGGAGAAAUGCAGGGGAAGAUAGUGAGCAAGCCGAAGUGCCACGUAUUUCAUAAGUGAGGCACAGACUAUAGUGGCACGUAUUAUACGGCCUUGGACAACUAUUUGAGAAAUUUGCCCUGUCAAAUGUGAUAUAUAUUUUUAGUUUGAUGUUCUGUAAUUCAAUUAAGAAAAAAAUAUCUAGAAUCCAAAUAAUUGUACAUAAUGAGUCCAUCAAAGCUGGGGGUGUCAGAGUGAUACUUUCAGAUUGGAGAAGCUGCCCUUCUGUAAUUAGACACACAGGCAUUUGUUGCUGCCCCAUAUCCACACAGCCUUUUAGAGUCAGUGAACAUGGAAACAGAUCUUAUGAAGGGGAAAAAAGACAAAAAUAAUAGGCAGUAAAAAAUCUGAGACUAAAAUUGGAGAGAGACAGAGAUAAAGGAGAGGGGAAGAGGCAGAAGAGAAUACAAGCAAAAACACAUGAGAAUGAAGUGGGUUGACAAAAGACAACCAUCCACAGUUUUUAAGAUUAUACUUCCUUUGUUCAAGUGAGGCAGUAUCACACGGAGGCUAGCAGCAUAGGCUCCAGAAUCCAUCAGAGCUCAUAAGGAACGGAAUCCUACCAACAACUAUGUGAACUUGGAAGCAGGCCUUUCCGCAUUCAGCCAUUCAGAUGAGACUUCAGCCCUGGCCAGCACUGACUACAACCUGGUGAGGAACCUUAACUCAGAAAACCUAGCUAAGCUGUGCCACGAUUCCCGACCCAAGGAAACUGAGAGAUAAUAAAUGUGUGUUGUUUAAAAAAAAAAAAAAGGAAUCAAAAGAGUCAUUGCAUUGGGUAAAUCUGCUGCAAAGGAGCUCUUUGAAGUGUUGAAUAGCAAAGAUGUCACACAUUUCCAUAUCCUCCUCCUAUUCCUGAUGCUCCUUCUUCCUCUGCUGCUCCAGGUGAGUAGAGACCAAUUCUUGUGCCUGGGAGAGCUGUUUGCAAGCUUUUAAGACCCCAGGCACUUUACAAAAAACUAGGAGGUAGAACAAUAACAACAAAAAAAGUUGCCUUCAAGCUGAUUCUGACUCAUAGCGACUCUGUAGGAUAGGGUAGAACGGCCCCACUGGGUUUCCAAGGAGCAGCUGGUGAAUUUGAAGUGCCAACAUUUUGGUUAGCAGCUGAACCCUUAACUACUGUGCAGGAACACUAAACAUGUUAUUAGGCCAAUUAACUGGGAUAUCCCAUAUAACCAUGACCCUAAACCCCCAAGCCAAGAAACCAAAUCCCAUGAGGUUUCUUUUUGUUGGUUGUACAUAAGCAGCCUCAGCAGCUACUUUUUUUUUCCCCCUUUUCAUCCCUGUUGUAAAUAUAUCUACCGUACAACUUUUGCCAAUUCAACUUUUCUUUUUAAAUAAUUUUUAUUGUGCUUUAAGUGAACGGAAGUUUACAAAUCAAGUCAAUCUCUCACACGGAAACUAAUAUUCACCCUACUACAUACUCCCAUUUACUCUCCCCCUAAUGAGUCAGCGCACUUCCUCCUUCCAGUCUUUCCUUUCGUAACCGUUUUGCCAGUUUCUAACCCUCUCUACCCUCCCAUUUCCCCUCUAGACAGGAGAUGCCAACACAGUCUCAAAUGUCCACCUGAUAAAAGUAGCCCACUCCUCGUCAGCAUCUCUCUCCAACCCAUUGUCCAGUCCAAUCCAUGUCUGAUGAGUUGGCUUCGGGAAUGGUUCCUGUCCUGGGCCAAUAGAAGGUUUGGGGACCAUGACCGCUGGGAUUCUUCUAGCCUCAGUCAGACCAUUAAGUCUGGACUUUUUAUGAGAAUUUGGGGUCUGCAUCCCACUGUUCUCCUGCUCCCUCAGGGAUUCUCUGUUGUGCUCCCUGUCAGGGCAGUCAUCGGUUGUGGCCAGGCACCAUCUAGUUCGUCUGGUCUCAGGAUGAUGUAAGUCUCUAGUUCAUGUUGCCCUUUCCGUCCCUUGGGCUCAUGAUUAUCUUGUGACCUUGGUGUUCCUCAUUCUCCUUUCAUCCAGGUGGGUUGAGACCAAUUGAUGCACCUUAGAUGGCCGCUUGUUAGCAUUUAAGACCCCAGACGACACACUUCUAAGUGGGCUGCAGAAUGUUUUCUUAAUAGAAUUUAUUUUGCCAAUUGACUUAGAUGUCCCCUGAAGACAUAGUCCCCAAACCCCAGCCCUAGCUCCACUGACCUUCGAAGCAUUCAGUUCAUUCAGGAAACUUCUUUGCUUUUGGUCCAUUCCAGUUAUGCUGACCUUCCCUUUAUUGAGUGUUGUCCUUCCCUUCACCUUAAGUAGUUUUAUCUACUAUCUAAUUAGUAAAUAACCCUCUGCCACCCUCCCUCCCUCCCCCAUCUCGUAACCACAAAAGAAUGUGUUCUUCUCAGUUUAAACAAUUUCUCAAGAUCUUAUAAUAUUGCUCGUAUACAAUAUUUGUCCUUUUGCAUCUGACUAAUUUCACUCAGCAUAAUGCCUUCCAGGUCCCUGCAUGUUAUGAAAUGUUUCACAGAUUCAUCACUGCUCUUUAUCGAUGUGUAGUAUUCCACUGUGUGAAUAUACCAUAAUUUAUUUAUCCAUUCAUCCCUUGAUGGACACCUUGGUUGCUUCCAGCUUUUUGCUAUUGUAAACAGUGCAGCAAUAAACAUGGGUGUGCAUAUAUCUGUUCAUGUAAAGGCUCUUAUUUCUUUAGGAUAUAUUCCAAGGAGUGAGAUUUCUGGGUUCUAUGGUAGUUCUAUUUCUAACUUUUUAAGGAACCUCCAGAUAGAUUUCCAAAGUUGUACCAUUUUACAUUCCCACCAGCAGUGUAUAAGAGUUCCAAUCUCUCUGCAGCCUCUCCAGCAUUUAUUAUUUUGUGUUUUUUGGAUAAAUGCCAACCUUGUUGGAGUGAGAUGGAAUCUCAUGGUAGUUUUAAUUUGCAUUUUUCUAAUGGUUAAUGAUCAAGAGCAUUACCUCAUGUAUCUGUUAGCUACCUGAACGUCUUCUUUAGUGACGUGUCUGUUCAUAUCCUUUGCCCAAUUUUUAAUAGGGUUGUUUGUCUUUCUGUGGUUGAGUUUUAACAGAAUCAUAUAGUUUUAGGGAUCAGGCACUGGCUGGAGAUAUCAUAGCUGAAAAUUUUUUCCCAACCUGUAGGUGGUCAUUUUACUCUUUUGGUGAAGUCCUUAGAUGAGCAUAGGUGUUUGAUUUUUAGGAGCUCCCAGUUAUCUGGUUUCUUUUUGUCAUUUUUAGUAAUGUUGGUAUUCUGUUUAUGCCUUGUAUUAGGGCUCCUAACGUUGUCCCUAUUUUUUAUUUCCAUGAUCUUUAUCAUUUUAGUCUUUAUGUUUAGGUCUUUGAUCCACUUGGAGUUAGUUUUUGUGCAUGGUGUGAAGUAUUGGUCCUGUUUCAUUUGUUUGCAAAUGGAUAUCCAGUUAUGCCAGCACCAUUUGUUAAAAAGACUAUCUUUUCCCCAUUUAAAUGACCCUGGGCCUUUGUCAAAUAUCAACUGCUCAUAUGGGGAUGGAUUUAUAUCUGGGUUCUCAAUUCUGUUCCAUUGGUCUAUGUGCCUGUUGUUAUACCAGUACCAGGCUGUUUUGACUACUGUGGCUAUAUAAUAUGUUCUAAAAUCAGGUAGAAUGAGGCCUCCCACUUUCUUCUUUUUCAGUAAUGCUUUACUUAUCCGGGGCUUCUUUCCCUUCAAUAUGAAGUUGGUGAUUUGUUUCUCCAUCACGUUAAAAAAUGUCAUUGGAAUUUGGAUUGG